CUCUCUCUCUCUCUCUCUCUCUCUUCUGUGCAGAUACAUGUUUCCUUCGAGCUGAUCUUUGGGGGUGGGCGGUCGACCAUGGUGGAUCUUCAAGUCGUGUGCUGCAUGUGCGGCGACGUCGGGUUCCCGGACAAGCUCUUCCGCUGCAGCAAGUGCCGCAACCGCUUUCAACACUCGUACUGCAGCAGCUAUUAUGGCGAAAUCUCCGAGCCGAUCGCACAGUGCGACUGGUGCCAGAGCGAGCAGAGAAGCGCGCGGACACACGGGGUUCCAUCGCGGAGAUCCGGGGCUGCAAACGUCAACACGGGCGGCCCGAAGUCCGAGUACUCCGGCGACCGGAUGAUCAAGCAGCAUGAUGGCGAGGACGGUACCGCCCCCGCCGCCGCCGCCGCUACCGACAAGGGGAAGAACCCCUCCCCGCGGACCGCCACCCGCAGGUACAAGCUUCUCAAGGAUGUCAUGUGCUAGUGGGAACUACGAACCAUAGAUUUCUCAACCCUCAAAAUGUAAAUUACCUAAGUCGCUUACACAUAUAGCAGUAUAUUUCUAUAGAAGGCCUCAACAUAAGUUUGCUCUCCAAGUGUCCUUUGUGUGAUUUCUCUUUGUUUCUUUGGUGAGACCACUGUUUGAUCUACUGUGGUUCUUCCAUUAUGUUGUUUUCUUUG